AUGCAGCAUUCUGACUGUCAGAUGGAGACACAGUGUGCGGAUCAAAUUAAAGAGGAGUCCUCAUGCUCGGAUAAUGAGGAGUGCAGCAUGAGUAAGGCAGUUAUGCCGGCCAGCCUGUACACCAACCACAAGCCCUUAUGUUCGGACAGUGCAGGUUAUGGUGUGAGUGAGGCAGAAAAGCUAACUGAUGAGGUAAAGAAGGAGGCCCUGUGUUCAGACGGCAUGACUGGCAUGAGCGAGUCGGCCAUGCUGGCUGGUGUGGAUACUGACCAUGAUGUAAAGGACGAGCUUGUGUCCGGAUCAAAGCAUGUGAAAGAAGAGCCUUCAUCGGAGAGUGAAGAGUAUAGAAUGAGUGAGGCAGCCAUGCUGGCCGACCUGUAUGCUGACCAUGUUGUGAAGGAAGAGUUAGUGCUGGGGCCGGAGCAUCCACAUCGGCCAGAAGUUUCUCUGGUAGUCCUCGACUGGGCGCUAGCUGUCACAGACGGUUUCCUGCAGGAGCCUCGGAGGCACACCUCUGCAACGCACCCGGCACUGAAGGACUGCUGUGUAAGGCUCGAGCGCCUCCACCACGAGGCCCCGGCCUUGCACACCAUACAAGACACCACUCACACUGACAGCGAACCUGAAGAUGAAAUGUACACUACAGUUGACUGUGAGAGAGUGCCUGAACCGGUGUGUGAUCUUUGUGGCAAGAAGUUUUCUCUAAAGUCUGAGUUAUUGAAGCAUGUCAUGACCCACAUUCACACGUCUAGUGUGGAGCAAGAAGGCACCGGGCCUGUUGUCGCUGACUAUGUAUUUGAAGAAAAGCCGUUACAGGAGCGCGUCCUUAGUCGAGACUCUCCGCUCGCGCACCGAGACGGCUGCGUGCUGCUCGAACACCUCCAACACCACGAGGCGCUCGACGGCAACGACACUACACAUACUGACACGGAAUCUGAUACUGAAAACAUAUAUGCUAGAGAUUGUAUCAUUAACAAUCGCCGGACAACAACUAGUGACACAGACAAUGAUAAUGACAAUAUAUAUGCUAGAGACUGUAAGAGAAAGUUUAUAUGCGAUCUUUGUGGCAAAAAGUUCGCUUUGAAGGCGGGUUUAAUUAAACAUGUUGUAAUCCAUAUACAUAAGCGAACUCACACAGGCGGGACGAUAUAUACGUGCGCGCUGUGUAAUAUGAAGUUUGCAAGUGUCUGGAGAUUUAAUGCACACAAACGAACACAUACAAACGAGCGGCCACACGCAUGUGGGAUAUGUGGAAAGCGGUAUACACGAGCUUCUCAUUUAACGAGACAUAAUCGGUAUCACACUGGUGAAAAACCGUUCUCCUGCAAGAUGUGUGAUAAGAAAUAUUCGGAACAAGAUUCUUUGAACACACACAUACGAAGCCAUACUGGAGCGAAGCCUUAUUCUUGUGAAAUCUGCAAAAAACGGUUCGCACACAAGGGCAGUUUAAAAACACACAUACUAAGCCAUACUGGAGCGGAGCCUUAUUCUUGCGAAACCUGCAAAAAACGGUUCGCGCGAAAGGGCAGUUUGAAAAGACACAUACUAAGCCAUACUGGAGCAAAGCUAUAUUCUUGCGAAAUCUGCAAAAAACGGUUCGCGCAGAAGUGCAAUUUGAACACACACAUACCAAGCCAUACUGGAGAGACGCCUUAUUCUUGCGAAACCUGCAAAAAACGGUUCGCGCAAAAGGGCAGUUUGAACACACACAUAUUAUGCCAUACUGGAGCGAAGCCUUACUCAUGCGAAAUCUGCAAAAAACGGUUCGCGCAUAAGUGCAAUUUGAACAAACACAUACCAAGCCAUACUGGAGAGACGCCUUAUUCUUGCGAAACCUGCAAAAAACGGUUCGCGCAAAAGGGCAUCUGUAUAAAUGCGUUGAAAUUGGCUAAUAAUAAAAUCUACCACCUGUUCGGGGCACUCAUAAGCGAGGCCCGCACUCCAGUCAACAGAUUUGAUAAGCGAUAA